GGAGAGGGGCCGGCGGAGCGCGCAGCGCCCAGGCCCCCGCGCGCGCCCGGCCCGGCCCGCGGCCCCGCGCCAGCCUCCGCUCCCGAGCAGCCCCGGGACCCCGGGGACUUGGCGAGCUGGCCUAGGGUUCUUUGUAAAGGCCGUGUUCGCCUCUCUUUCUCUCGUCGACCGGGCAGCAAAAAAAAGAGAGAAAGAGAGACUCGCCAACGUCGGCUCUUCGGCCUCUUGUUCAUUGAGAAAAAAGAGAGAGGGAGCGAGAGGAAAUACUCCGCGUGCGCUUCUGGAAGGGAGGUCAUCUCUCCUAGCCCGGAAUCCGGGGAGGUUCCAACGGUGGAGGAUUUGGGCUCCCAAGUUUCCCCGUGGUUUUAAUCCUCCCACCGAUUACUCGGAAGUUGGACUGAAGCAGGAGCUCGGGAAGAAGGAGAAAGUUUGCAUCGGGGACUGGAUUUAUUUGCACAUCGCAGGAAGAAGGGAAUCCGAGGGAGAGGGGUUGGUGCAAAGCCGCGAUCACGGAGUUCAGAUGUGUUCUAAGCCUGCUGGAGUGAACACACUGCCAAGACCUGAUGGAGGCCAGAGCUCAGAGUGGCAGCGGGUCGCAGCAGCCUUUGCUGCAGGCACCCCGUGACAGUGGCAGGCAGCGUGGGGAGCCGGACCCCAGAGACGCCCUUACCCAGCAGGUACAUGUCUUGUCUCUGGAUCAGAUCAGAGCCAUCCGAAACACCAAUGAGUACACAGAGGGGCCCACUGUGGUCCCAAGACCCGGGCUCAAGCCUGCUCCUCGCCCCUCCACUCAGCACAAACAUGAGAGACUCCACGGCCUGCCCGAGCACCGCCAGCCUCCCAGGCUCCAGCCCUCGCAGGUCCAUUCUUCACGGGCCCCUCUGUCCAGGUCCAUCAGCACCGUCAGCUCAGGGUCUCGGAGCAGUACAAGGACAAGUACCAGCAGCAGCUCCUCGGAACAGAGACUGUUAGGGUCCUCCUUCUCCCCCGGGCCUGCCGCUGAUGGGAUAAUCCGGGUGCAGCCUAAAUCUGAGCUCAAGCCGGGUGAGCUCAAGCCUCUGGGCAAGGACGAUUUGGGUCUGCAUGCCUACAGGUGUGAGGACUGUGGCAAGUGCAAAUGCAAAGAGUGCACCUACCCGAGGCCCCUGCCGUCAGACUGGAUCUGUGACAAGCAGUGCCUUUGCUCGGCCCAGAACGUGAUUGACUAUGGGACCUGCGUGUGCUGUGUGAAGGGUCUCUUCUAUCACUGCUCCAAUGACGACGAGGACAAUUGUGCUGACAACCCGUGUUCGUGCAGCCAGUCUCACUGUUGUACGCGAUGGUCGGCCAUGGGUGUCAUGUCUCUCUUUUUGCCGUGUUUAUGGUGUUACCUUCCAGCCAAGGGUUGCCUUAAAUUGUGCCAGGGGUGUUAUGAUCGAGUGAACAGGCCUGGGUGUCGUUGUAAAAACUCAAAUACGGUUUGCUGCAAAGUUCCCACGGUCCCCCCCAGGAACUUUGAAAAACCAACAUAGCAUUAUUAAUCAGGAAUACUGCAGUAAUAAGAUUUGUUUCCCCACCCUCUUUUUUUUUUUU